AUGGCUGCCCGUGGUCUUUCUCGUGCUCUCCGCCUCGCCCGUGUGGCCGCUCCUCGCUCGGUCGUUACCGCCGCCCUCCCCCGGCCUGCUCUUGCCAAGAUCACCUCCCGUGUCACCCAGGUCUCCGCCAUCCGUGGCAUCAAGACCGUUGACUUCGCCGGUGUCAAGGAGACUGUCUACGAGCGUGCCGAUUGGCCCAAGGAGAAGCUCCACGAGUUCUUCAAGAAUGACACCCUUGCCCUCAUCGGCUAUGGCUCCCAGGGUCACGGCCAGGGUCUGAACAUGCGUGACCAGGGUCUCCCCGUCAUUGUCGGUGUCCGGAAGGAUGGUGUAUCCUGGAAAGAGGCUAUUGCCGACGGCUGGGUCCCCGGCAAGAACCUGUUCGAUGUCAACACUGCCAUUGAGAAGGGUACCAUCAUCAUGAACCUGUUGUCUGAUGCCGCCCAGUCCGAGACUUGGCCCACUCUUAAGCCCCUCAUCACCAAGGGCAAGACUCUUUACUUCUCCCACGGUUUCUCCCCUGUCUUCAAGGACCGCACUAACGUCGAUGUCCCCACCGAUGUCGAUGUCAUCCUCGUCGCCCCCAAGGGUUCCGGCCGCACUGUCCGCUCCCUCUUCCGUGAGGGCCGUGGUAUCAACUCUUCCAUUGCCGUCUUCCAGGACGUCACCGGCCAGGCUAAGGAGAAGGCUAUUGCCAUGGGUGUCGCUGUCGGCUCCGGCUACCUUUACGAGACCACCUUCGAGAAGGAGGUCUACUCUGACCUCUACGGUGAGCGUGGUUGCCUGAUGGGAGGUAUCCACGGUAUGUUCCUUGCUCAGUACGAGGUUCUCCGUGAGCGUGGCCACAGCCCCUCCGAGGCCUUCAACGAGACCGUUGAGGAGGCCACCCAGUCCCUCUACCCUCUCAUUGGUAACUACGGUAUGGACUGGAUGUAUGAUGCCUGCUCCACCACCGCUCGCCGUGGUGCCCUUGACUGGUCCAGCCGCUUCAAGGACAACCUGAAGCCCCUCUUCAACGAGCUCUACGACAGUGUCCGUGACGGCUCUGAGACCCAGCGCUCCCUCGACUUCAACAGCCAGAAGGAUUACCGUGAGAAGUUCGAGAAGGAGCUGCAGGAGAUCCGUGACCUUGAGAUCUGGCGCGCCGGCAAGGCUGUCCGCUCUCUCCGCCCCGAGAACCAGAAAUAA